ACAAAUGAGACGUUGUUUGUUUGUUUGAUUCUUCUCUCCUCUCUCUCUCCUCUGCUGGAGCACCUGGUUGUUGAAAACAAAGCAAGCAAAGCACCUCCGACCGCCGCCCGGCGACCAGCUCCGGUGGUCGAACUCAAGCUUCCUCCGCUCGUCUCCACCGUCAUAACUCAUCAGGCAGAGUAAGGUAAUUUAAUCAAGAAAUUGUGGGUAAUUAUGGUGAGUAAGGAAACUUUAGCUAAUAUGGAGUCGGUCGUUCGACAACCAGGAUGUUGGGGUGGUGUGGAUGAGCCCAUAUUUCAGUCCGAUGAUGCAUUUGGUUUAUCUAAAUGGGAUGCAAAGGAGUGAAGAAGGCAAUGGGUCAUGAGGCUUAGACCCAUGGCACAUGCUAGUGCAGAUGACAAAUGCUUUGAAGAUCAAUAAAUUAAUAAUGUUCUUAACAGUCAGAGAUGAUAUGCAAAAGAGAUGAUGGCUCGCCUGCAGGGUGAUACUCCAAGCUUAUUGCUGCCAGGUAGUGUUGCCUGCAGUGGUAUUGGUUGUGGCACAUGGGCUUGCAUAUGCUAUCAUGCAAAUUUAUCAUGAGAUGGGGCUUCAACACAGUGGUCAUUUAUGUUUAAGUUGAAUAGUAAGCCUUCUGCUUCUGGGGAUCAUAAAAGAUGAUGAGCUCUUCUGAAGAGUCAGGAAAGAAUGCCAAUUCAGUGCAUCAUGUGAGAGAAGACAGUGAAUAUGUUAGGCUGGUUAUAUCCAACGAAACAAACACAGCAGAAGCAGAUGUCUUGCAGCCUCAAUCAGAAGCAGGGGUUAAAUCUUUUUGGUGGUGGACUAAAGCCUUAGCCUUGUGCCUUGUCACCAUUGUAUUGCUUCUCAUUUUCUUGAAAUGGGGGGUUCCGUUUCUUUUUGAGAAGGUUCUGUUGCCAAUAAUGCGAUGGGAAGCCACAGCCUUCGGCCGUCCAGUUCUUGCCAUUGUUCUCGUUGCUUCUCUGGCAUUGUUCCCUGUGUUCUUGAUCCCUUCUGGCCCUUCCAUGUGGUUGGCUGGAAUGAUUUUUGGUUAUGGCUUCGGAUUUGUUAUAAUCAUGGUUGGAACAACUAUUGGGAUGAUCCUACCAUAUUUGAUUGGUCUUUAUUUCCGCGACCGUAUCCAUCAAUGGUUAAAGAGAUGGCCUCGAAACGCUGCAAUGAUUAGACUUGCUGGGGAAGGGAGUUGGCUCCAUCAAUUUCGAGUGGUUGCUCUCUUUAGGGUUUCACCCUUUCCAUACACAAUUUUCAAUUACGCUAUCGUGGUUACAAGUAUGAGAUUUUGGCCCUACUUGUGGGGAUCAAUUGCUGGGAUGGUGCCAGAAGCUUUUAUUUACAUCUACAGUGGUCGCUUAAUAAGGACAUUUGCAGACGUCAAGUAUGGGAACUAUCACAUGACUACCGUGGAGAUUGUAUACAACAUUCUAUCCUUAAUUGUUGCAAUCAUAACCACAGUUGCUUUUACUGUUUAUGCCAAAAAUGCUUUGAAUGAGCUGAAGAGGGCAGAGACUAGUGGUGUGGAAGCAUCUGCUUCUGACCAUAUCAGCUUACAGAUGGAGAAGCUUCCACUUGAAAAACCGCAUAUUUUUACGUUGUAGCAGAAACCUAGGCUUCCACUGGGGGAUAUAUUAGUGCAGAUAAUUGGACUAGUGAUGUUGCGAAUCACUUAAUUUUUUUCCUCUUACUGGGGAGGAGUUGGAGUGUUAUUUUUCUUUUAAUAUCUUCUUUUUAACCUUGUAAAAUAUGCAAACAAAAGAAAAAGUUAAAAAUAGAAAUAUUGACAAUAUCAUCUUGUAUAAAGUAUUAGAGGAAUUUCAGAGCAUAGUUUGUGUUUA